CCUUUUUCCACAGGGGGAGGUAUGUGAAAGUACCGCUGAAAUGUCAGAUCAAUAACAAGGGUUAGGGGGAUUGGUUGUGUGCGAGUCACACCUGCCUCAGAUCAGAAAAGAAUGACCGUGCGUGAAGGUGUCUGAAACUAAUUUUUAAACACAAAAGGGACAAAGAACGCCAAAUCUGUAUGAAAUCGUCGGCUCUUUUCGCGUAAAAUAACUACAUCACGAGGAAAGCAGCAGACCCGAGCUAGUGGAAAGUAAUCUUCAAAAUGGGAAAUGUUUCAGUUUGACUCAUCGAUUUUACCCCCUUUCACAGUUCUCUGGGACGAAGGAUUAUUGGUUAAAUUUAGAUUUCACCACGUUCAAUGAACGGAGGCGUCAUACAUUAUUCCAUGCUUGAAGGAAAUCUGAGAUCUUCACGGGACGGCGAAAUUUUCCAGGGUUGGGGCUGUUAAAAUGGACUGCUGAGAUCAGCCUGGUAGCUAGUUUUAUUCGGAGAGGCGAUAUUACAUGUAUCAGUCGUUCUCUUAUGCAACAUGAACGCAUCAGCCACCUUCGUAUGAAUUUAUUGAAUACCGGAAACUAUAUUCAGAAAUCUUUAUUAAUUCUGUUAAUAUAUGCAAAUCGAUGUUUCUUCUAAAGAAACAAUAGCUAACGUCGAAAGGUUUUUUUUCACAUGAAGAGUUGGACAGUUGGUGCGAAACUUCUGAUGUCGGCUGCUUGACUGCAAAGUUUUCUACACAUCAACUUUGUGAAAUCAUCAUGAUACUCCCAUGUUUGCGGAGAGCCCUGCGGCCCGUCGUCUCCAUGAAGCCCGGACUGAUGUCGGAGAGGGUCUGCUGGAACAAGUCUCCUCCAGUCCGCAAGCCUUUGCCCAUGCUGUUGGUUCAGGGCCGGGACCUCGGCACCCACCCUCACAAGGAACCCAUGGAGCCAUUAAAUUCUCCACAGGGAGCAAGAGAGUUUAUAUACAGCCUUCACCCCACCGAGCGGACCUGCUUGCUAAGAGAGCUGCACCGCUUUGAAUCCAUAGCGAUAGCACAAGCUUCAGAAAAAUCUCGCUACACAAAAAACCUGGUUCCUCUAAGCCAGACGCCUGGGGGAGCAGCAGUCUCUGGGGCUGUGGCAGAUGGGCGAGAGAAACUGGAAAUGGCCCCUCCAACAACUGCUCAGCUAAGAUAUGUGCUUCUUCACAAUGCGAUCCCAUUUAUUGGGUUUGGUUUCUUGGACAACGCCAUCAUGAUAGCAGCAGGAACACAGAUAGAAAUGUCUAUAGGUGUCAUCUUUGGAAUUUCAACCAUGGCCGCUGCAGCCCUUGGAAACCUAGUUUCCGACCUGGCAGGACUGGGUCUUGCAGGCUACGUUGAAGCUUUGGCUAGCAGACUCGGCCUACAGAUCCCUGAUCUUACUCCGAAACAAGCGGACAUGUGGCAGACGAGAGUGAGCGCACACAGUGGAAAAGCCAUAGGAGUUUUCAUCGGCUGUAUCUUAGGAAUGUUCCCUCUGCUUUUCCUCUCCGGAGACGACGCCGAACCAAAACUGGAAAAGUAACCCUGUAAUCCAGUGACUUGAAAGGCAAUAAGAUGAUUUACCUCAAGUAUUGGGAAUUGCUGACUUUAUGUGAAAUGAAGAACCAAUUAACUACAUGCAGUAAACUGGGAACAGAUUGUUCUGUUGCACACAGUAACUUCUUUUUUGGAGCAGGCCUAGGCUAUCUAGAAUACUAACACUAUAAGCAUGACUGUGUUUGAUGAUGCCAUUUUCUUAAAAGUCUUAUGUUUUCUCAAGUACCGUUUGCGGAUUUCAGUUUUAAAAAGUACCUUUGUGUACCUUUGGAUUAUCAAGCUAAUUGCUGCCUGCUGUAACUUCUUAUUAUUUGUUCCUUCAAUGGAUUUAGCUCCACUCUUGUUUUUUAGGUUUUGAAUGUUAACACUCAUGUAGUCUAGUUCAGAUAGCAAAGCACACAAAGCAAAGAAUGUUGAGGAUUUAUCUACAAAACGUAAGGAAGCAAAUUAUUGUUUAGGGUUUCUUAAUACAGCCCAAUUGUGGGACAGAGGGUGAGUUUCUCUGUCCAUCUUUGGGAGGGUUGGAUACCUGGAAGUUGGAAAUAGUGUUUAAUUUUUGUGUUUCUGAUGUCAUUUGUUUAAAGCUGACUACAGUGUUUUAGCAUGAUAUCUGUAUUGUAGUCACAAGAUACAGACAGAUGUGAUAUAAUCAGAAGUGUGAGAAAGCUGUCAGGUCAUCAGACAAGUUUUCCCAUGAAACAAAUAACUUGAACAAAGCAUGUUUUACCAGAAUUAUGUGGAAAAUGAUGAAGUAGACUAAAUCAAAAGUGAACAUGUACGUAUGGAAAAUUUGAGAUAGCAGACUGUCUAAAAUAAUGAAGCAUUAGUGGCAGGUU